CACACUAGAGGUCCCCGGUUCGAACCCGGGCUCAGACACUUUUUUUUAUUUCCUUUUGUACUCUGUAGGUUUAUUCAGUUAAACCCUCUUCACCUCACCGAGUCACCGUCAAUCCAAACCAUGAUUUUCACAGCUUCUCUUCAACUAUCGCUUUCAUCAAGAAAACCACGUUCACUUAGCUAUCUUGAAAUGGCGAAAUUCGAUUGGAGCGCGAUUCUCUUCGUUACUUCUAUAUCACACAAAUGAGAACGAUUUAACACUGGAUUACUCUGUCCAGACAUUUUCGAACUAUAUUUGUGAAGAUGUCUGGAUGCAAUAAAUCGCCGAAAAAUGAUCAACAUUCGGUCAAAUAUUGGUGGAUUCAAGACGGAGGGAUAUCCUCUAAGGCUGAUAUUUUUCGUGUAGAUUGUUCGCCGUCUCUUUCCAAUAAUGAGAAUAAGCAAUGCUGUAGAAAUUCUCAACUGAAGUCCCCUGAGAUACUGACAACACCUCAGCUCAUUUCCGCAAUUCGCCAGUUAUGGGAUUCUGCUAGUCGGCCACUUUCUUUUUUACACCGGAAGGAAAAUGUGAACCGAGAUGAUGCCAAAGGAUUCACAAAAGAUAAAAUUAUCAGUUGCGUUCGUGAGAAAAGAAAUGGUGUGGUCACUUCAAAUACAACUGAUUAUUAUUCUGUUAAUACAGACGCUACUUGCUUCGGUUCACAAGUUUUGCAGGAAAAAUUGGAUUUUCCUACGGUAACACAGAAGAUGUUGAUUCUUAAAUCUGCUUAUGGAAACCAAGAUUAUAUUCAUUCUUUAUUCGAGAGAGUUUUGCAGGCGCGUGAUAAAAAUUCAAAUGAAUAUUGUAAUGAAAAGGAACUUGGGAGUAAAGAUACUGAGCUGGAGAAUCUGGAAAGUAAUUCUUCGGUUGCCAGGGACUGCAUUUCAAUAGACACGAGUACCACUUCAUUGGCUAAUGAAAGCGAUGUAUGCAAUCCUGAUGUAGUAAUACAUGAAGCUUCAUCGUUAUCUAAUGAUGCAGUUCCAAUCACAAACGAAGUUAACCCACUGUGUUCGGACUAUUUUCUUCAAGCUGUGCCGGAUAAUCAGAGGGAAGUUGGUGCCUGUCAUACCUUAUCUUCUAGUACCUAUGCAGAUUAUCAUAUUAACAGCUCUUUAGCUACCUGUGACAGUGCUUUUGUGCAGUGCCAAUAUAAGAUUGAUGAUAAUGAAUUAAUGGAAAUCCAAAGAAGGCAUUUAUCAGAUAUAAGUGAUAAUGAACGUAAGGUUCAGAUCUUCUCUGCGAAUCAUAAGCAGGCUUUCCAUUCCCUUGCCAAGCAAGAACAUGCUUUUUCUGGGGCGAUGGCUGGAGUAUGUGUCAGCUGUUGUUUGCAUCCUGUUGACACAAUCAAGACAGUCAUUCAAUCAUGUCGUGCAGAACAGAGGUCCAUCUUUUACAUUGGCAAAUCAAUUGUUUCUGAUAGAGGUUUUCCUGGACUAUAUCGUGGAAUUACUACAAACAUUGCAUGUUCAGCUCCAAUUUCUGCAGUUUAUACUUUCACUUAUGAAUCGGUUAAAGCAGCUUUGCUUCCUUAUCUGCCAAAGGAGUAUUAUUCUUUUGCCCAUUGUGUGGGAGGUGGUUGUGCAAGCAUUGCUACAUCUUUCAUCUUUACUCCUAGUGAGCGAAUAAAGCAGCAGAUGCAAAUUGGGUCUCAUUAUCGCAACUGCUGGGAUGCAUUGAUUGGAAUUAUCAGAAAUGGUGGUCUUUCCUCGCUAUAUGCAGGUUGGAAAGCUGUAUUGUGCCGAAAUAUCCCACAUUCAAUGAUCAAGUUUUACACAUAUGAAAGCCUGAAGCAAGUGAUGCCAUCUUCUAGUAUUCAAUCCCACACAUUUCAGACUUUAGUGUGUGGAGGAUUAGCUGGAUCUACUGCUGCUUUAUUCACAACUCCGUUUGAUGUCAUCAAGACAAGAUUACAGACACAGAUUCCGGGAUCAAGAAAUCAAUAUGAUAGCGUGUUUCAUGCCCUUUACAAAAUUAGCAAGACGGAAGGUUUGAAGGGCUUAUACAGGGGGUUAACACCGAGGUUGAUUAUGUACAUGUCUCAAGGAUCACUGUUCUUUGCUUCAUAUGAAUUUUUCAAAAGUGUAUUUUCUCUGGAAUCACCACUUCCCACUGGUUUAUAAUUUUACGACGACAACAAGAAUGCCAGCAGCUGCAUCGCCAAGUUUAGAUAGCUUGUAUUAUUGAUUAGAUAGUGCUUGGGAGAAAAGUUUAAAGGUCCUGCAAGCUGCAAGCACGUUCAUAAACUGUAUAUUUGAUGUAUGUAUAUCAACUACAUAUACAAUGCAGGGGCAAAAGAUACAUAACAAUCAACCAUUGGAGGAGUCAUGCUUCCCUAAGAACCGUCUCUCUAUAUAACUCCCAUUUUCCCUCAUUUGAUUUGAGUGUGAUAAGAAGGAAAAAAAUUGAGACGCACUAAGGGUUUGUUAAAUAAUCUUGUAAGAUUAAGUCAAUUCUUUGUUUAUUUGAUUGUGAAUAAUUUUGUUGUUUUUCUAAAGAAAUUUGAAUUUCUUUUGAGGAAUUUAUGUAUUGUUGUAUUAUACCAUAUUGAAAAUUUACAAUUGCCAUCA